AUGAAGUCCCUCCUCAUCGCAGCCCUCGCAUCGGUUGCUCUGGGGGCUCCCCCAGAUCCCUACCCAGCGCCCUGCGGACGAUCCGACCCCUCUGGAAUCUGCACCACCAAGCCAACCUGUUACGAAAAAGGCGGCUUUUGGGUGCAGCGGGAUUGCACCUUUUACAACGUGCUCGACAUCGGAUGCUGUUACUCUAUUCCCGACAAGAAGAACUGA